AUGGUCAAGGCUGUCGCUGUCGUUCGCGGAGACUCCACCGUCUCCGGCACUGUUACCUUCGAGCAGACCGCCGAAGGUGCUCCCACCAAGAUCUCCUGGGACAUCAAGGGCAACGAUGCCAACGCUCUCCGCGGCUUCCACGUCCACGAGUUUGGUGACAACACCAACGGCUGCACCUCCGCCGGCGGCCACUUCAACCCCUUCGGCAAGACUCACGGUGCUCCCACCGACGAGGCCCGCCACGCCGGCGAUCUCGGCAACAUCUCCACCGACGCUGCCGGAAACGCGGUCGGCUCCACCGAGGACUCGCUCCUCACUUUGAUCGGUCCCCAGUCCAUCCUCGGCCGCACCGUCGUCGUCCACGGUGGUGUUGAUGACUUGGGCAAGGGCGGUCACCCCGACUCCCUCAAGACCGGUAACGCUGGUCCCCGUCCCGCCUGCGGUGUCAUCGGCAUUUCCGCUUAA